CAGUGCCUUCAGGCAAGAAGUCCCUGCGUAAAUCUAAACAUCUCUCAUCACUCCCUACUGACAGUCAUACUUCUGUCAAGAUGGACAAGGGUUAUAAUCCUGUCUCAGAGAGCGCUGGUGCACCGCGCAAAAGAGUCACUGGCCGGACAAAAGCGGCCAGAAAUUGGAAACGGGCUAAAGCUCAAUUGGAUUCGUCAGCAUCUGACGAGAGUGAUGGGGAUUUAGAUUCCUAUAGAGAAUCGGAAUCUGAUAGGUCUGCUGGUGAGGACUCCCCUGGGCCCUCUUUUUCCUCUCCUAAGGGAGGAAGCAGACUCGGCCCCUAUGGCCGUUGGGGUAGAUUUUUGUGUCAAAGACCCUCAGGGUACUCCCCUCUUUGACCCUGAUGAUUUACGCCAUCCACGGUCAGCUGAAUGGGACCCUCCAGCCCACAUUGCUCAGUACUUGGCACUUCGAGUGCGCAAACCCCUCUCUAAGGAGACUAGGCGUAAACUUAGAGCCGAAUGCCCUCGUCCACUGGUGCCGGAUGGAGUCUGCAAAACUCCUGAGGUUGACCCUCAGAUUAUUCAGUUCCUAUCUAAGACCGGCUGGAAACCCAGGAAGGCCCUAGAAUUUUCCCUGCGUAAUUGUCAGGACAAGCUUUUAGAUACUCUUGGUCCUGUUACUAAGUUGUUUGAGUUAUUAGAAGCGGGCAAAGCUUCCCCGGCUGCUUUCAAUUUUGACGAGGCCCUGGGUUGGCUUCAGCGCCUGGUCUGCUUGACGGGCAAUGCCAAUUCCGCUCUCUGUGCCGAACGGCGCAAAUCCAUCUUAAUCAAAAUUGAGCCCAAACUGGUGAACAUGGCUACUAAAGAACCUGGCCAGGCAGCUAACGGCCUCUUAUUUGGAGAUUCCUUUGUUAAGGAUGUUGGCUCAUUUGUUAAAACCUUUACAGCCUUAGACAAGGCUCAAUCCUCCAUGAAACGGGUUUUUGCCCCUAAGGUUUUCGCAGGGGCUGGACGAAGCAGGGGCCGUUCAUCCGGCCGUGGUACCAGGUUUCACGGAACCUACAGAGGCUCCUUCACACAGCGCCAAGCCUUUGCUGAGCAGCGUCCAACUCCCUUCUUCCCGUCACGGGGGAGACCUGCCCCCUCUCGAGGUUCCCGAGGAUUCACCGCUUCCAGACGUCCUUACGGUGAGUACAUUGUUCCCUUCUUCUCCUCCUCAAGUGGGUGGUCGUCUAGCUCAUUUUUAUCAGGCCUGGGCUUACAUUACUUCCGAUGCAUGGGUAUUAAACACUAUCAGGGGUUACCAGAUAGAACUUACGGCUUUGCCUCUCCAGACUCGCAUUCCUCUCACUGCUCAAUUUCAGUUUCCUCAAACUCUCCUGAUUUCUCAAGAGAUUCAAUCUCUUUCGGAAAAAGGUGCCAUUCUCAGCAUCCCCAGGGACACUCCAGGUUUUGUCAGUACUCUCUUCCUCGUACCAAAGAAGGGAGGAGGCGUCCGUCCGGUCAUCAAUCUGCGACCUCUCAACGCUUUUGUCGUAUACCGUCAUUUCAAAAUGGAGGGUAUUCACUGCCUCAGAGACUUGCUGUUGCCGGAGGACUGGAUGGUGAAGCUAGAUCUUCAGGACGCCUAUUUCACCGUUCCUAUCGCUCUGGAACAUCAGGACCUUUUGCAGUUCCUUUGGGAGGAUCGGAAAUGGAGAUUUACGUGCCUGCCAUUCGGCCUCUCAUCAGCCCCGUGGUGCUUCACCAAGGUAAUGAAACCGGUGGUGGCGUUUCUUCGUUCCCGAGGUGUUCGCCUUAUCAUUUACCUGGACGACUUGCUCCUCAUGGCUCAGUCUCCUCUGCUCCUGCAAACUCACCUCGACUGGACUCUACACCUCCUUCAGUCGCUCGGUUUCUUGAUCAAUUGGGACAAGUCCUGUCUUACUCCUUCUCAAGCCAUCGAAUUUCUGGGAUUCCAGGUAGACUCCGUUCAUCAGUCUCUUUGCCUUCCUCAGCCGAAGAUUGUGGCGAUCAAGAAGGAAAUCAGGAAAUUGCUUCGCCUCGAGGUCAUCACCAUUCGUCAGGUCGCACGGAUGAUAGGUCUGUUAUCCUCCUCCAUCCAGGCCAUAUUCCCGGGCCCCCUUCACUACAGAGCUCUUCAAAGGCUAAGAAAUUCUGCGCUCUCUUCUACUCGUUCUUACGAAACUUGCAUAUCUCUCGACGAAGAAUCCAGAGACGAGCUGACCUGGUGGUUGUCCCACAUGGAGGCAUGGAACGGCAGGGCCAUUUUUGGCACCGUUCCGGAGGUGUCCAUAGAAUCGGAUGCCAGCUUACACGGUUGGGGAGCGCAUUGCGGAACCGUAUCUACAGGUGGCAGAUGGUCCACAGAGGAGUCUUUCCUUCAUAUCAACUGCCUAGAACUCUUGGCAGGAUCUUUUGCCAUCCGCAGUCUUGCUCCCACUGGAGCCUCUUGCUCCAUUCUACUCAAGAUGGACAACGUAGCAGCCGUACGUUACAUCAAUCACCUGGGUGGCACGAAAUCCAAGACGCUAGCUUGUCUCGUCAGGGAUUUUUGGAAAUACUGCCUUCUUCACGGGAUUUCCGUCACUGGGGUUCAUAUUCCCGGCCUAUCCAACUACACGGCGGAUUGGAACUCGCGCUUCCUCAGGGACUCCGGGGAUUGGCGUCUUCAUCCAUCCGUCUUCCUCAAGCUCCAACGUCUGUGGGGGCCGAUGGUUCUGGAUUUAUUCGCGUCUCGUCUCAACACCCAGCUGCCGAGGUUUUUCAGCUGGAGACCAGAUCCCGACGCGUUGGCCACAGACGCUUUUCUUCAACAAUGGCCUCAGGCUCUACUUUAUGCGUUCCCUCCAUUCAAUAUGAUUGCCAGGACGAUUUUGCAGAUGCUUCGUUUUCAGACGUCAUUAGUGCUGGUGACGCCACUGUGGAGGUCCCAACCUUGGUUUCCCAGACUUCUAGAAACGUCGGUGGACUUCCCCCGGAUCCUUCCUCUCUUUCAGGAUCUCUUGCUCGACCCGGAUCUUCGUCCUCACAACCUGGUUCUUCAGGGCAAGCUCCAACUGAUCGCAUGGUACAUUUCAGGGGUCCCUGGUCUGUCGAGGGAGUUUCACAACAGACUCUCCUCCUCCUGGCCGAUGCUUGGGCCCCAGGGACUAGGCGAGCCUAUUCUUCAGCCUGGCGUUCCUGGUCUCGCUGGUGCCUGGACAGAUCAUUGGAUCCCGUUUCUGCCCCUUUGAGUUCGGUUUUAUCGUUUCUUACUGAUCUUUUUGAAAAUCAGAAAGCCUAUCGUACGGUUAAUUUAUACCGUUCUGCUAUUUCGGCAGGGCAUGUUCACCUGGACGGGGUUCCGAUUGGUCAGCAUCCAUUGAUCUGCCGUCUCCUUCGGGGUAUUCCCUUGUCCAGACCCCCUUUACCCCGCUAUUCUUCCACAUGGGAUGUUGAUGUCGUCCUACGUUUUUUGGAGAACUGGCCUCCCAAUCCGGCCCUUUCGCUCAAACAGUUGUCCGCUAAGCUCUUACUCCUGUUCUGUGUAUUAUCUUGUAAGCGAGUUUCGGAUGUCAGGGCUUUAGACUUCUUUGCUAAAGUUUAUAGACCUGAUGGAGUCUUAUUUGAUAUUUCUAGGAGAACGAAGACCAACAUUAAAUCUGUCUUUUACCCAGCUUUUCCUCAUCGACCUCUUUUAUGCCCUGUUCUUUGUCUCAGGGAAUAUGAGCUUCGCACUCAGUCCCUACGGGAUCCCUCAUCUCCUCCUUUGUUUAUCUCCUUCAAACUUCCGCAUUGCCCUGUUUCUACUUCUACUCUUUCCAGAUGGCUUAAGUGGAUACUUCAGCUGGCGGGCAUUGAUAUGUCCAUUUUCUCCCCUCACUCGGUUCGUGGUGCCUCUGCGUCCAAAGCAUCUUCUAUUGGUUGCCGUAUGGAAGAUAUUCUCAAGGCGGCUGAUUGGUCCUCAGAUUCCACCUUUAAAGAAUUCUACCUUCAUCCUGUUCAACAUUUCUCUACACGUCUGGUGGAUCAGCUUUGAAAUUGCAUAAUAGGAGCCUCCGGGUCAUUAAUAAAAUUCAAAGAUUUUACUAUUAUCAUGACGUAAAGUCAUGAUUUUAUUAAUGACACGGAGGCGAGUAUUAUUCCCUCCCUUUCUUUUUCCCUCCCAUGGGACGUGAGAAAUGUUUCUUUUUGGUUUACGGUAAGGAUAGCUACGUUUGUAUUCUUUUUGCUAUAUUUCAUGAUGUCCCAAUCUAUAUACGAUUUAUGCGAUAUCUGUGUUUUAUGACCUCAUUGGGUAUGCUGAAUUCCAUGGUCGCUACCGUUACCUCUUUUCUUCUUUUCUAGUUUGAUCUUCUCUGCAUGGUUUGGUUGCCAGUGCUUUAAGAUGGAUUGGAGUUUGAUGUCCUGUUCUUCUGUUCCUUGAUUCGGUUCGCCUGGUUCUGCAAAGAAAGAGGAAGUUCUGCAGGAUUGCACUCCCUUUGAUGCUGAAGAGACCUGUUCAUUGGCUGGCCUAUCUCUAGGCAGAUUCAUGUUUGAUGGUUGGAUUUGGUUAACUCUUUCAGUCAAAAGUUUUUUGCCCUCAUUCUUUGCUGCUGAGGGAGUAAUAAAGAAAGAGAUUGCAUAA